AUGCUCGAACGGGCAACGGGCUGCCUUGAGAACGCUGGACGGCGUGUCCUUCAAGAUGCCAAUGGCGCGAUCCGAAAUAAAAGUUCCCUUCCCAGUCACUUCUGGAAUCACAGUGAUACUGGGAAACACACUCCCAACUGGUUUUCCGCGCUCUUGCUGGCAUCGGGUCAGCGAUCGUUCUUCGUUCCCAGCACGCAGCGCGAGACCAAAGGGUUCAGCGAUGAAAACAGGCCCCCGCUCGAUUUUCUUUACCCUCGUCAAGCACUUGUCUUGUUGGCCUCGCCUCUCGUUCGUACCCAGAGGAGGACUCGGUCUCGGAGGAGGAGCCUAGGUCUGGGCUUCUCAAGAUCGUAUUCUGCCAUUCCAGCGCUUUCCCGAGCCACCACAGAGGUUCUGCAUAGCCAGGAAGAUGGAGGCGAACAGACUGAAGAGCCUGAAUAUCCACAAUCUUUCCAGGAAAAUGCACAGGCGAGUGCCGACCUGUUUGCUUUGCUUCAAAGGGACAGCACGGAGUAUGAUAAAGCCUGGGUGCUCUAUGUUGCAGCUGGGCAGCCACCGAAUCUCAGAUCUGCACUCUGCGCUUAUAUGAGUAAAUCGCGUCGCCCCAAAGAACGGGAAUGGGCAUGGGAACUCUUCACCAUGAUUGCGCCCGAAGAUCGCACCGAAUUUGACUUCGAGAAUAUCCUGAUGUCGCUAACCUCAUUGCCAUUCGGCAUGAAACCUUACCAUCUGGAUUCCUUUUGCGAGGAAGCCAUGUCUGCGCCUACGCCGUUUCUCGAAUUCGUCCAGCUGGGUCUGGUUCACAUGCUCAAAAACCACCAGUGGAACAAGAUCGGUUAUGUCUGGGAGCUGAUAUUGGAGAAGAAAGCAAAGAGUGAACUGGAAUUGGAACCAUUUUUGGAUCGAUUCAACCACUACGAAUUUGUUGAUUAUUCUCUUGCGAGACAUCUCCUCAAUCUAUCAUACCGUUUGAAGGGUGGCGAGUAUGGUGAUGGCGGUGCGCUUCAUGAUUUUGCUCGCCUUCUCAUUCACCGAUUUAUCGAGUCUUCUGCCUUGCUCCGACUCACGCCGAUAACAACUUUGCUUCCGCUGCUUCGUCAAUAUGAUUCUAUCGGGCUCGUGGAUCAGCGGGACUAUGUCAAAAUGAUAGAGCACUUCGUUGAAGAGUCAGGGGAGCAGAGACUGCAGUUCGUCAAGUGCAUUCUUUUAUAUCACCAGUGUCGCGCGGCCUUUCCGCACGAAGAAAUGCGGGAUCAAGAGCUUUUGACUAAGAUCAUUCGAGGCGUCGCGGAAUUCGGGAUGGUACAAUCUUAUCCUUACUUCCUGAACGAAUUCACCCGUUUGUUUGGAAGGCCAUCCCGUUUCACAUAUAAGCUUAUCUUGCAUGGCUUUGCCGACGUUGGCAAUGUCGCAGCCGUCUACGACAUAUUCGAAAGGGCUGUGGCAGAUCACGGAAAGCCAAAGGAUCCCUGGAUGUUGUCCCCGCUUCUUCUCGUGCAUGCACGUCUCGCUGAUGUUCAAGAAACACGCCGACAAUUCGACCGAACGGUCGAAGAGUUUUCUAUCAAGCCGAACGUUGUGUUUUGGAACAUCUUGGUUCUGGCGUACUGUAAGGCUCGAGAUGCCACAGGUGCGAUCGACGUCUUGACUGAAAUGCGGCAAAAGGGAGUCAAGGCCACUCCCUACUCGCUUGGCCCGCUGAUGGCGCUUUUCGCCAAGCGAGGUGACAUUCAAAGUGUCCGCGCAUUGUACAAAUACGCAGAAAAGAAUGGCGUGGAAAUCACAAGGCCAAUGCUCGAUACGGCUGUGCAGGCGUACGUCAAGAAUGGGCGGAUGACCGAAGCAGAAGAGCUUGUUGAAAAGGGCUGGCAUAUGGCGACAGGAGGGUCUCCCGUGACAAUGUGGAAUAGCAUCCUAACAGAGUACGCAGUCAGAGUCUCCAAGUAUUCCUUCCGGCGCAUCUUGGACCGCAUGGAAAAGCUUGGGUUGACACCUAAUGCUAUGACUUAUGCGGCUAUCAUGCUUGCUUACGUCCAUAGCGGGCAACCUGAGCGUGCACGUAAGACCCUCAGAAGGAUGUACAACCUUGGCAUACAGCCCACAGAACAACAUUUUUCUAUCCUCUUGACUGGAUAUGCAAACGCACGAAACCGCGACAUGGUGCGAGUUAUCUCCCAGGAAAUGGAAACGCGCUUCGGCCGAGUCGGAAUGGAUGCUAGCCUUGCGCAACUGCGGACGCAGAUUGUGAGGGAUCUGGAGAAUGCCUACGACAGUGAGAUAGAUACAGAAAAUGUGGUCUUGAAGAACGCGGAAAAGACCAUCAUUCAAUCUAUCGCACGAUUCAAUUCCGAUACCGCGCCAGUCAAGCGUCGACAACCUAUCACCGGGCUCCAGAUUGGUAUCCCUGACAAAAAGGCUUUCACCGCGCUUCAUUUUCAACAGCUGAUCCAUGCAUACGGCACGAAAGCUGCCCCUGAAAGAGCACUCGACCUUUUAAAAUAUUACAUGGAACAUUCGGGGAAUGAUUUGGCCUCGAUCCCCAUGGGCUUCGUCGUACCUGUCAUGCUAGCUUGCUUGAGAACCCAGAGAUUCAAGCAAGUGCAAGAAUGCUGGGACAUCAUGUUACCUAAUGUCUACAAGGUAGCCGGUGCCUACGACAUGGAUAAACUUUUGAGUCCCGAUCUGUCAGAACCAGCAGAGUCCUCUCUAUCGUCAACGACUUCAACACCCAGCACACCAGCAAAAACCCCCAAGAUUCUGCAUAGCAAUCGCUUCGUCUUGGACUCUGCACUUUCGAUAUACCUACGAUCUUUGGCCGGCGCAGGCGAGUUCGAGAAAAUCCGUCGAGUUGUGACGGAGGUUCAGGAAGCAGGCUUUGAGCUCACCGGUUUCAACUGGUCCGCCUACAUCGAAGUACUUUCGAGAUCUGAGGAUUAUUCCGAUAAUGCGGAAGCUUUUCGACUGUUCGAAGAGAAGUUUGUACCUCACUUCCCAGGAUGGUCGUGGUUCCGCAAGGGAUAUGGCGUACGGCCGAUAGAUGUGCCUGUGACAAUCCUUCAUCUCGAGGGUCGUCGGGGUAUCACCAAGCCUCGCAGGGUGAUGGGGAGACAUGCUCGAAGGCAGUGGCGCAAAAUUCGGCCCGACUACAUGCACCCUCAUUACCCCACUAUGGUGCAUCUAGCCGGCACGCUGAAACGGAUUCGGCAUAGGAGUAUCGUGGAGGGGACUACGCAGUUGGGGAGCCUCCAUAAAGUUGCGCCAAGUACGAUCGCUAUCCUUGCUUCGAUGCCGUUCAUGCGUGACCGAUACCAGGCCGAGAUCCUUCGUGGGCAAAAAUCCAGACCUCCCAUAGCGUUCCCGAUUAGGCUAGAAUCCACGCGGACCGGCGCUCUCGGUCUCAACCCUAAACUCAAACUGCGCACCUUCUGGGGUGCGACCCGAGAGCCUUUUGAAUUCGAUCCCCACGAAGUUGAUGACAAUGACACAAGUACAGCCGAAGCGACACAGGAGUCGCUCGAAGUUGAAGCGCCACCUGCCCCUGUCCUGACUGAGAAUAUAUUCGAAUUUGAUUUCUCCGCCACCGGCCAGUCCAGCACUACUAGCGCGACCCAAGAGGCAUCGACAUCGGAUCCCGCCGUUGACGAGUCGAGUACUACCGGCGCGGCUCGGAAGCCUUUCAAGUUCGGUCGACCUGCUGUUAACAAGCCGAGUUUGACUGGCUUGGUUUCCCCCAAUGAGCAAAAAGAAUUGCUGGGAUCAACAUGGGAAUUCCUUGCCCCAGAAGACCGAAUCACGCUGGAAGAGGAACUUCACGAGCAACUCCAGGCCAGAUUCAUGUGGUCACGUCAGAAAGCGCGUUGGAAAGGGCGUAUCCGUAGAGCAUUUGAGAGGGAUGAUUUGCUCCGCGCCAACAUUAUGCGAAAACGUUUCUCUGAUAUAAAAGAGUUGCGCGCCAAGGGGCUGGGUCCCGAGGGAAGGCUGUUUGACAGGCUCAAUCGCAGGUGGAAGUACAGGACUUCAUCGUGGAAGCUGAUCAAAACGGACACCGGGCUUUAUGUGAAAAAGGGCCCACGGAAGUUCCGUCCAAAGUACAGAAGAUCUUGGGCUGGGUUUAGACCAGGUUCGGAAGACGGAUGA